UUCAGUUUAUCGGUCCGGAUUUUCACGUGUGGUAAUCGAGAAAAGCUGUACGCUGUUGAUCCACUACACUACAGUCCAAAGUUUGUUUAAAUGUUAUAUUAUUGCCCAUGAGCCAAAAAACAGAGUUUUAAGUCGAUAUGGGGAAAAGAAAACGUAACUUCAAUGCUAGGGCACGUCAAAUCGUUGACGAUUCCGAGGUUAGGAAAGCCCAUCGGACUCCUUGCGUGGCUGUAGAAGAAGUAUCAACGGAUGGUCGUUCUUCCCUGCCCCCGGAACUCCCGGGUGCAAGUCACAGCUGUGUGCUGGACAGCAAUGCGCUGGUUUUGCCAGGCAAGAAAACGGAUACCGAUGUCGAGACGAAAAGACUGAAAGCCGAGCAAAAUCAGCCGAAGCAACUCAGUAAAAAACAACGUAAGAAACUGCAGAAAGUACUGGAGCAGAAAGAAAAGAAAUGGAAGCGAGCUGAGCUCCUUGCUUCUCUGGCUGAGCAUCAAGCCUCUACAGAGGAGAUGUCAAUGUUUUCUUCAUUUGCACACAUUGGCCAGAAGUCAAAUAAAAGGAAGCUGGAAAGUACUGGCAAGGUUAAAAUCAACAGUAUCAGUGGAAGUAACAAGAAAAAGAAAUUACGAGAAGAAGAUUGCAAAAGCACUGAUUCAUCAUCAUCUUCAUCCUCAGAAGAUGAGGAAGAGGAGGCUGAAGAAUUGGAGCUGAAUGAAUCAGAAGGAGAGGAACAAGAGAGGAGUGGAUCAAACAUUCACCAUACCAACAAGAAUAGUGUAUCUGUUGAAAGGACUUCAGUGAAAGAACAGAAUUCUGCUGUUGCUUUAAAUGAUAAGAAUACAAGAACUAAAGAUCAAAGUGAUAGUGAAAAGAAGACAAUGAAAGACGAAGUCAAAUCUGAACCUGCGACAUAUGUUCAAGUGAAGAGAUCACCUGAAAUUCAGGAGGCGAGGCUUGCAUUGCCAAUUCUUGCUGAGGAACAGGUAGUAAUGGAGGGUAUCCAUGACAACCCGGUUGUUAUCAUUUGUGGUGAGACUGGGAGUGGAAAGACAACUCAAGUACCUCAGUUUCUCUAUGAAGCUGGUUAUGCAAUGAAAGGUCUGAUAGGUGUAACAGAACCACGACGUGUAGCAGCAGUUAGUAUGUCACAACGUGUUGCCAAAGAGAUGAAUCUACCUCACAGUGUGGUAUCCUAUCAGAUCCGUUAUGCUGGCAAUGUUUCAGAUGAUACAAAGAUCAAAUUCAUGACUGAUGGUGUGCUCAUGAAGGAGGUCCAGAAGGAUUUCUUACUCACCAAGUAUUCUGUCAUCAUCAUUGAUGAAGCUCAUGAAAGGAGUGUGUAUACAGAUAUUCUGAUUGGUCUUCUAUCCAGGAUUGUACCACUGAGACAUAAAAAAGGAAACCCAUUGAAGCUUGUCAUUAUGUCAGCUACUCUGAGAGUUGAAGACUUCACAGAGAACAGGAGACUGUUCAAGGUCACUCCACCAGUCAUCAAGGUUGAAUCAAGACAGUUUCCUGUGACCAUUCAUUUCAACAAGCGUACACCUGUUGAAGACUAUGUCACUGAAGUAUAUCGUAAGGUUUUGAAAAUUCACCGGACCUUACCACCAGGGGGCAUCCUUGUCUUUGUUACUGGUCAAAAUGAGGUCAACACACUUUGUCGUAAAUUCAAGGCUGUUGGGAAGAGACCUGGACCCAAGCAGACAGGUACUGAAAAAUCAGGAACAGGUUCAAAUGAGGACCAGGACCUGAAAGAAGACCAGGAACCAGUCCAAGAAGAUCUGAAGAAGGAGGAAGAAGAGAAGAAGGCUUUCAAGAAAUGGAAAUUACCCAAGAUCAGUUUGGACAGUUAUUCAGCCCAGCCUCAUGAUGUGGAGAAUGAUGUUGAUGAGGAAAUAGAUGAUGAUGAUAAUGUUGAUAGUGAUGGCGAAUCAGAGGAAGAAGUUGAUGAUGAAGUUGAAGAGGAUGAGGAAAAGGCAUUGAAGCCAGAAGCUGCCGAGGACCAGGUCCCGAUGUAUGUCCUUCCCAUGUACUCCCUCCUGGCCCCUCAUCGACAGGCACAAGUUUUCAGAUCACCUCCAGAGGGCAGCAGACUGGUUGUGGUAGCUACUAACGUGGCUGAAACCUCUCUCACCAUCCCUGGCAUCAAAUACGUGGUGGACACUGGCAGGGUAAAGAGGCGUUUCUAUGACAAGGUCACUGGUGUAUCAUCAUUCAAGGUCACCUGGACGUCUAAAGCAUCAGCCAAUCAGAGAGCAGGAAGAGCUGGUAGGACUGAACCAGGUCACUGCUAUAGGUUGUUUUCCUCUGCUGUCUUUGGUAAUGAUUUUGAGACCUUUGACCCAGCUGAGAUCACCAGGCGUCCUGUUGAUGACCUCAUCUUACAAAUGAAAGAUAUGGGUAUAGACAAGGUGGUGAACUUUCCUUUCCCAACUUGUCCAGAGGAAGAGAGUCUGAAGGCUGCAGAAAGGUUAUUAAUCUCCCUUGGUGCAUUGGAACAACCUCCCAAACCAAAGACAUUCAGAGAUAUGAAGAAAGAGUUCUUCAGCACAAGGAUCACAGAUGUUGGUCGAGCCAUGGCAUGUUUACCCGUAGCCCCAUGUUAUGCUAAGAUGAUCUCAAUGGGUCAGCAAGAAGGAUGUCUGCCCUAUGUCAUAGCUUUAGUAUCAGCACUCACAGUCAGAGAAAUCUUUGAGGAAAGCUCUGUACAAGGAAACACAGAUGAAGAGAAAGAAGCACACAAGAAGUUGCAAGCAAGAGUGUUGCAUAACAAGAAAAUUUGGGCUGGAAAGGGUGAGAAAUCCCUUCUAGGAGACUUGAUGGUGUUGUUAGGUGCUGUAGGUGCCUCUGAAUACGCUGGAUGUACACCUGCAUUCUGUGCAUCACAUGGCCUAAGAUACAAGGCAAUGGUUGAGAUCAGAAAACUCAGAAGACUUCUCACAAAUGCAGUUAAUGCUGUUGAUAGUGAAUGUGGAGUCUUUAUGGAUCCUAAGAUGGCCCCGCCCACUUCCACUCAGGUGAAGAUGCUUCGUCAGAUUGUUCUAGCUGGCCUUGGACACCAUGUAGCCAAACGAAUGUCAGCUGAUCAGGAGGGCUUUCAACGAGGAGGUUAUCAGAGCGUUGGCAUAGAGGGCGCUGCCUUCAUCCAUCCCAAUUCUGCUCUAUUCAAGCAACUGCCGGAUUAUGUCGUCUAUCAGGAAAUCAUUGAGACCACCAAGCCUUACAUGAGAGGUGUUACAGCCGUUGAAGGAGAGUGGUUACCUGUUCUCUUCCCUAAUCUCUGUACCUUCUCCAAGCCUCUUGAAGAACCCACUCCUUCAUACCAUUCUCCAUCUGGGACAGUCAAGUGUCACAUGACCUGUACGUUCGGGAGGAAUGCAUGGCCUCUUCCAGCCCAAGAAUUGGACUUCCCAAAGAGUCUGGACAAAGUCAAAUGGUUUGGAAAAUUCCUUCUUGAGGGAAAGGUUAUACCUGGACUGAAGAAGUUUACCCCAUCUCUUCUUUCUACACCAAGUACUAUGAUCAAAUCAUGGGCAAAACUACAGCCAAGAACAGAGGUGUUAUUGAAAGCUCUGGCAGGGAAAGAAGUUGAUAAUAAAUCAUCUCUAAUUGAUGAAUGGAGGAAAGACAAACAAUAUUUGCUACUUGCCUACCAAGAAUGGAUAUCUAAAGAUCUUCAUGCAGACUUGGUGAUGUCAUGGCCUCCGAUAAAACUUGAUGAAGAUGAAUGAUACUAUCUCUGUAAUACACUCGCUCCCUUUAUGUCACUUUGGCAAUGGUUUCCAUUGUACGAGUACCACAUCAUGGCAUUUCUCAAUAGAUGAGCAGGACAGUUUCCUUUCAACUCACAUGAUGUCACUGUAUUCUACCACUUUCUGCAAAGACCAUUUAUGCCUCCAGGCAUCCUUUGUGAAAAGAUUGCAUUACAAACCUUCCAAUUCCAGUGCAAAAUAUUGGCUGUCUUGGAAAAUGAAACCUUUCCCAUUUUUGUCUCACCUGUGAAGCAGAGUGAGACUAUAGGCGCCGCUUUUCCGACGGCG